AUGGAGGCCGCGGGCCGGCCCCGGCGCUCGCGCGCGCAGCGAGACCGCGAACGGCGCCGCGAGGCCGCCCGCGCGCACAGCCCGUCGUCGGGCGACGAGCCGGAGCCGGGCCGCGGCAAGGAGAACGCCGCCGCCCCCGCGCGCCCUCCGCGCCGCCGCCGCCGCGAGUCGAGCUCGCAGGAGGAGGAGGUCGUCGACGGCUUCGCCAUCGCCAGCUUCAGCACGCUGGAGGCCCUGGAGAAGGACAUGGCACUGAAACCCCACGAGCGGAAGCAGAAGUGGAAUCGUCGCCGUGUCAAGAAGCCGCGGGAGCUGGAGAAUGGUCCAUCUGCCGAGCCCAGUGAGAGUCAGCAGCCGCCACAGGGGAGCAGCCCUGAGCAAUCCGUGGAGCCUGCCUGUGAGGGGGCAGCCAGAAAGGCCCCUCUGCAGCCCUCCAAGCAGGUGUGCUCCCCAGCAGGGGGGCCGCUCCCAGCCAACCCCUGGGACCAGAACGGCCCGGCCCAGCAGCAGCAGCAGCUCCAGCCCAGCCAGUCCAGCCAGCCCCAGGGGCCCCUCCCAGCCCCCUGUCAGCACUGCCAGCCCAGUCGGGCACUCCCGGACCCUGGGCAGCCCAGCCAGUCCCAGCGUUCACUCCCGGGUCAGCACAGCCGGCCCCAGCAAUCACUUCUGGGCCCAAGACAGCCCUGCCAAGCCCGGCGGUCACUUCUAGGCCCUGGUCAGCACCAGCGGCCCCAGCGGCAGCAACACACCCCAGAUCAACUCUGCCGGCCCCAGCGGUCACGCCCAGCCCAACCUUGCCAGACACAUUGGUCAUUCCCAGGCCCCAGGCAGCGCUAUCAACGCCUGCUGACCCAUUGUUACCGUUGCCGGCCCCCACGGUCCCUGCUGACCCCAUGUCACCGUUGCCGGCCCCCACGGUCCCUGCUGACCCCAUGUCACCGUUGCCGGCCCCCACGGUCCCUGCUGACCCCUUGUCAUCACUGCCGGCCCCCACGGUCCCUGCUGACCCCAUGUCACCGUUGCCGGCCUCCACAGUCCCUGCUGACCCCGUGUCUCCGUGGCCAACCAUGCAGGACUUCUGGACGUUGUUGCCCACCCUGCUGGUCCCAUUGCCAAUGGUGCCAGCCCCCACAGUCACCCAUCACCCUGCACCCUUGCCUCCAGCCACCGGGCUGCUUCUCAGGCCAAUGCUGCUGCUCUCCGCAGGCACUCACAGCUUCACAUGAGCAUGGCCAGCGCCACAGGGCCCUCCUGGAACAGCCCAGCCAUACCCAGAGGUCCCUGCUAGGCCUCAGGCAGCCCCAGCAGUCAGUUGAGACCUCUGAACAGCCUAGUCCACCCAAAUCCUCACUAGCGGGCCCAGGACAGUCAGGCCCGCACACACGGUCACUCUCAGGCCCGAAACAGCCCUGUCAGCCCCUCCGGUCCCUCCUGGGCCCCACUCCACCCUGCCAGCCCCAGCCACUGCUUCCUGCCCCUGAACGCCCUUCUCUCCUGGGCCAGCCACGCCCAUCCCACCGGCCUCUCCUCGGGCCCUCGGGCCAGCCACGGAGGUCCGUCUUGAAUCUGGAGUCAACACGUCAGCUCCAGCCAGCACUCCUGGCCCCGGGCCGGCCCUGCCGGCCCCUGCGGGCACGAUGGACUCGAUCCUGUGCCCCACAGGCUGCCCGUCAGGCCCCAUCCGUGAGUCCUGGAGCCUAACCCUUCCAGCUUCUCAGUGUUACCCAGAUCCUUUAGGCCUGAUGCAGGCUGUGCUGGCCUACGGCCCGGCUGCUUGCCGAUGGACUGAGGCUCGGCAGGGCCAGGAGUGCUGUGCAGUGCUAUGACCAGGCCAAGGCCACACCUGGAGAGAUGACCCCGCACUGUCUGCCACGUGGGUUGUGGUGCCCCCGUGUGUCACUGUGACAGAAGCCCCAGGAAAGGCUCAGCACUGGCUGGGGCGCCCCGCGUCUUUCUGUGCCUCUGAGCCACCAACACUGACUGCAUCUGCAACCCCGUGCCUGUGGUCAGGUGUGUGGUCAGGUGUGCUUUGGGCACAGGGGCCCACCUGGUAUUUGGGGGAGGGUGCUGGCUGUGACCUUGGUGAAUCUGGCACAGUGCGGGCUCUGCCCCUGUGGUGAUGGGUAAUGCACUCAGGCCAUGUGGUAUGACCUAGAUGCUGCCGCUCACUUCUCAGGACUCUGCUUCCCCCGGGGGCAGCUGUGAGGGU